GAGGCUACAAAUUCUUUGUGUUGCUGAGCUUGCUAAGGGACCGUUCAUGGGUACUGUUGAUCUACGUAGGUGAGGGCAUCGGCUGAAGUCAGCCAUCGCAAACCCGACCCCUCACUUCACAAGAUACAUCAUCCCGAAAGGAUUGAUGAGCAUCACAAUGCAUGUCUUCGAGCUCACAGGCUGCCCUUGCUCCGUUGUUUUGGAGCGUCGAGACUUAAGUUAUCAUGGCAGUCAAAACAGCUUACGUGACUGGCGGCGCCAGCGGGAUCGGCCGAGCAGUGGUCGAGAUGUUAGCAAAGAGAGGUGUCCGUGUUGCGGUCGCAGAUGUCAACCUCCCUGGAGCACAGCAAGUCGUAUCAUCACUCAAGGACGGCUUGGCGGUCGAAUUGGAUGCUGCGAGCUGGGAAUCACAGCUUGCGGCUUUCCAGAAGACACUUGAGGAAUUCGGCAGAAUCGAUUAUGUGUUUGCGAUCGCUGGUAUUGGAGAGAAGAGGUGGCUAGCGAAUGAUCCAAAUUCGACCGAUUUCGUGAAACCUGACCUGACCACUCUCGACAUUGACUUGAAUGGUGUCCUUUACACGGCUGCCUUGGCGAUCCAGCAGAUGAGACGUCAGGAGCCGGACGAGAGGGAGAUUCGCGGAAAAAUCACUGUCGUCGCGUCCGUUUGUGGUUUCUAUUGUGUGCCCACGCUGCCGAUAUACACAGCUGCCAAGCACGGCGUCGUCGGGUUUGUUCGCAGCUACGGCAAGCACUUGCUGACCGAAGCUAUUACGCUGAACGCAAUCUGUCCAGAUGUCGUCCGUACCAACAUUUCAACAGACGCGUUCUACUCGCAGAUGGAAGCGAAAGGUUUGAUUGUCUCGAUGGAAUCGGUGACUCAAGCCUUUGAGCAGUGUCUCGAUGAGAACAUCAGCGGUGAGACACUGGAGAUUGAGCCGAAGAGCGGAGUAUUCCUGCGCAGCGGUCCUGAGCCGUUUGACCAGGAGGCCGAAGAGACUCUGAAGUUGCUACAUCAACGUGGUCUUCAUUUACAGCAGCCAAGUCAGUAGUGCAAGUAAAGCUGCGUUGUG